GGCCCUCCCGGGCCUUCCGCCGCGCGCUGAAGCGUAGUCCUCGGUGGUUUAAUCCCCCCCUUUUUUUUUCAGGCACUUCCGGGUCCUGCGUCACUGCGUGAACCCGCGAGUUCCGGAAGCCCGGGGAGCCCAGGUUCUGCUAGGAAAAGCCGCGCUUCCCAGAGAAUGUUUGAGAAACAGUUACGCGGAGCCGGGCGUUUCGCAGACGCCUAAGUGUGCUUUCUCUCUGAAAGACUCAGGAGCAUCAGCUUUGUGAAAGGAAAGAUUACGAGUGCCAUGCUGUUCUCCUAGAAAUGGAUUUGUGAAGCUAGGCUGAGAGACCUUCAGAGAAGGCAUGGCUUCCAGAGACGAGGAGACGAAGGGGGCAGACAGAGUGCUGAGAAUAAGUCAGUUGGAUGCACUUGAACUAAACAAGGCCCUGGAGCAGCUCGUCUGGUCCCAGUUUACUCAGUGCUUUCAUGGAUUUAAGCCGGGGCUAUUAGCCCGCUUUGAGCCAGAGGUGAAGGCAUUCUUGUGGCUUUUCUUGUGGAGAUUCACCGUCUACUCUAAAAAUGCCACAGUGGGACAGUCGGUUUUGAAUAUUCAGUACAAGAAUGAUUUCUCCCCCAGCCUGAGAUACCAGCCGCCGAGUAAGAACCAAAAGCUCUGGUACGCCUUCUGCACCAUUGGGGGAAAGUGGUUGGAAGAGCGAUGCUACGAUCUGUUUCAAAACCGUCACCUCGCAUCAUUCAGGAAGGCCAAGCAGUGCGUGAAUUUUGUGGUGGGACUUUUGAAGCUCGGUGGGCUGAUUAACUUCUUGCUCUUCCUCCAUAAAGGCAAGUUCGCGACCUUGACCGAACGUCUGCUCGGCAUCCGUUCCGUAUUCUGCAAGCCCCAAAACGUCCGGGAAGUGGGCUUCGAGUAUAUGAACCGGGAGCUCCUCUGGCAUGGUUUCGCUGAGUUUCUGAUUUUUCUCUUGCCACUUAUCAACGUCCAGAAGUUGAAAGCCAAGCUCUCUUCAUGGUGUGUCCCCCUGACCGGUGCUCCUAACGGUGACAGCACGUUGGCCACCAGCGGCAAGCAGUGUUCCCUGUGUGGGGAGUGGCCCACCAUGCCCCACACCAUAGGCUGCGAGCACAUCUUCUGUUACUAUUGCAUCAAGAGUAGCUGCUUAUUUGACGUGUCCUUUGCCUGUCCCAAGUGUGGCACAGAGGUGCACAGCCUGCAGCCCCUGAAAUCAGGGAUCGAGAUGUCUGAAGUGAAUGCCAUUUAGAAGUUAGAACUGUUUCCUCUGGGAAAAACUGUGUCAUGUUAAAGUCCCUGGUGUUAGUCAUCCUGAGCACACAAUAUAGGCCUGUUUUACGAGGACACAUGCUUCUCAGCCACUGCCUUCUGUUCCUUUCCAGGCAUGACUAAGUUCUACUCACACUAGAAACCACACGAUUCUAAAUAGAUUAUGCGAGUGUUAAUGUAUUUUUUUAAUCGUUAAAUUUCAUUUUUAAUGUCAGGAAUAAUGGAUCAUUUUUAUCCAGUGACUCCUAAGAAUGCUCAUUUUGCCACUUCCUGGAAAGAGGUUAGAGUCUAAAAAUAAAAGACUGUGAAGGUUC